CCCCCGCCGCCCGCUCCCUUCACCCAUCGCAUCGUCGCCCUCAAAUCCGGGACCGUGAACAGCAUGUUCAGCAUCAACACCAAGGAGAUGCUGGGGGGGGGGAAGUUUGGCGAAGUUCGCACGUGCACCGAGAGGGGGACGGGGCUCAAGCUUGCUGCCAAAAUCAUUAAGAAGCAGAACCCGAAGGACAAGGAGAUGGCCUUGCUUGAAAUCGAGGUGAUGAACCAGCUGAACCACCAGAACCUGAUCCAGCUCUACGAAGCCAUCGAGACGCCGCGGGAAAUCGUCCUCUUCAUGGAGUUCGUGGAGGGCGGGGAGCUCUUCGAGCGCAUCAUCGACGAGGAUUACCACCUGACGGAAGUGGACUGCAUGGUCUUCGUGCGGCAGAUCUGCGACGGCAUCACCUUCAUGCACCAGAUGCGCGUCCUGCACUUGGACCUCAAGCCCGAGAACAUCCUGUGCGUGGCCUCCACGGGGCACAUGGUGAAGAUCAUCGACUUCGGGCUGGCGCGCAGGUACAACCCGCGGGAGAAGCUGAAAGUCAACUUUGGGACCCCGGAGUUCCUGUCCCCGGAGGUGGUGAACUACGAUCAGGUCUCCUACUCGACGGACAUGUGGAGCCUGGGCGUGAUCACGUACAUGCUGUGA